AAAAUGAAAGAGAAUUCUGAAAAGAGAUCUCAACUGCACACAUUAAAGUAGUUUUAAUUUGACAAUGAAAGCCAUGUUUAUAAUUAGGAGUUUCCUUCUUCAGUUCAUCAGUGCAAUAAUUGGCAUAAAAAAUAGUGUUAUAGUUUCCAUUUGUUUCACUCUAGCUACUCAACUCCAUCUGGACCAUCUCAACAUGACAGACACCAUGCAAAGGUAUGCAGUUGUCACUGGAGCAAACAAGGGUAUUGGGCUUGAAAUUUGCAAGCAGUUAGCCCGAAAUGGGACCAUAGUGAUAUUAACUGCUAGAGAUGAGAAAAGAGGUGUUGAGGCUCUUCAGAGUCUGAAACACUCCGGUUUAUCGGAUCGUCUCGCUUUUCACCAGCUUGAUGUGACAAAACCCAAAAGCAUCGCUUCUUUGGCAGAUUUUGUAAAGGAACAAUUUGGGAAGUUAGAUAUCUUGGUUAACAAUGCAGGGAUAUCAGGUGUAACCUUUUCAGUGGCUUCAGGUACUGAGAUACAGGAAUAUUCGAGUAUAUGGAGUAAAGCGACUGAAACUUACGAGUUAGCUGAAGAAUGCCUGAAAACAAACUACUAUGGCGCUAAAAGAACAACAGAAGCACUUAUUCCAUUGCUGCAAAUAUCUGAAUCACCAAGGAUUGUAAAUAUUUCCUCAUCUACAGUCAUGUUAAAGGAUAUGGUCGGUGAACAGCUCAAAGGAGUAUUAACAGGCUUUACAACAGAGGAGAAACUGAGUGACUUGAUAAGUGAGUAUCUAAAAGAUUUUAAGCAAGGUUUACUCGAAAGUAAAGGAUGGCCAACUUGCCUCUCAGCAUAUACUGUGUCAAAAGUAGCUAUGAAUGCCUAUACAAGGAUUUUGGCCAAGAAGCAUCCAAAUUUCUGCAUCAACUGUGUUUGCCCUGGUUUUGUCAAAACCGAUAUAAAUUACAAUACCGGUCAUUCAACCCCCGAAGAAGGUGCAGCGAUUCCAGUCAAGUUAGCACUUUGGCCGAACGGUGGUGCCCCUUCCGGCCUCUUUUUCGUUCAGGGUGAACCUAUACCAUUUGAAUGAAACUACAAAAAAAAAAAAAAUAAAAAAAAAUAAAAUCCCAUCAAAGUGGUCGGGAACUUAGUUCACAAUUCUCUCUUCAUCAUCGAUUACAAUAACAAUGUUACAACAUGGUCCUACGGAUAGGGUAUAAUGUUUCACGUGGGAAAGUUCUACAAUAUUUUAUGAGAUGCUAUAAUUGUUUCUUUGUU